AUGGCGAGGCCGCCAUUGAUACGGGCCGAUACGAUCGACCUCCAAGACCCCCAUGCCCCAUCAGCCCAAGACCACAGUCGGUCGCGCAUUGGGGCCGGCCGGUCCGCGCCCCAUCAGAAUCAAUCUUUGUACCAUGCAGAGCAAGGCAGCAAAGAAGAACUGUCCCAAACUUCAGAGGAUCGCUUCGAGUCUGAAGACCAACACAACGGAAUUGAUAUCAUAUAUGACGAACCAGAAGAGAUGGUGACAGACAUGACGGGCGAUGGCCAGAAUGGGCACUAUGGCCACCAUAUGGGUGGUGGUGUGUCUGGAGAGGAAGGGGAUCUAGCUGACGGCGAAGGAGACGAUAUUCUGGACGAGGACUUGAUGGACAAGAUCUCGUCUUCGCCCUCAAUUGACGAUGAGGACAUUGAUUUCGAGUUUGUUUACGCGCUCCAUACGUUCGUCGCUACGGUUGAGGGGCAAGCGAAUGCCACCAAGGGAGACACAAUGGUUCUCUUAGACGAUAGCAACAGUUAUUGGUGGCUUGUCCGAAUCGUCAAAGAUGGCAGCAUUGGUUACCUGCCUGCAGAACACAUUGAAACACCUACGGAGAGGUUGGCCCGAUUGAAUAAGCAUCGGAAUAUUGAUCUUUCUGCGACAAUGCUCGGAGACAAUCCAGAGAAGUCCAAAAAUCCUCUGAAAAAGGCAAUGCGCCGCAGGAAUGCAAAGACUGUGACUUUCGCAUCUCCUACGUACUUCGAAGCAUCCGAUGUAGAUUACUCGUCUGAGGAGGAGCACCGUGAGGGUGAGGAAGUGGAGGAAGAAGAAGAGGCAAGCCGAGCAGAUUCCCAAGAUACCCAAGAAGACGUUCGAGAUGAGAGCAUGGUCGUGGAACCGCUGAGGCCGAAGUCUCACAAAGAAAAAGCCCUCAGCGAGUCUGAAGUGGCAUCUCAAGACCAACAAUCCGACCGUGCGAGCCCGGAGAAGCCCCGAACUAGUGAUGAGAUGCCUGAAAGACAAGACAAUUUCGUCAGCAGGUCGAGAAACGGCACUGUCCGAAACACGGAUUCGUUCUUUAAAGAUGAUAGUGUGGAGACAAAGAAGAUAUCGUUAACCCCGAACCUUCUUCGGGAUGAUUCAACCAGUAGUCUCACAAACGAUACGAAAGAGGGCCGUUCCAGCCUUGAAGAUAAGAGCUCGGCAUCGGGCGAGAAAAACAAGCGGAAAGAGAAGAAACCCGGAAUGCUCAGUGGCCUCUUCAAAAGGAAGGAUAAGAAAGGGAAAGUGCCAGAAGAGGAUGUUGAGGAGCCCGAGAAAACAUCGGAAGAGUCAGCCCGAUCAUCACCACAACCCAAGCUAUCAUCGGAAUCCUUGCAAGAAGCUCGCAACGGAAAGCUGCAAGGACCGCAACGGCAGUCAAGCAAAUUGCAAAAACAGCCACCAGCAGAGUUGUCUCUCGCCAAAGGGGAUCUCCAGCAGAACCGUGCGCCUCAAGAGUCAAACGAUGCGUCUUCACCAACCAAAGAGGAUUUCGGACAGUCUAUUCGGCAGGUUGUAUCUCCUCAACCGGCAGACGUUCCUGCACCUCUUCGUUUGCGAUCUCCCGAACCAGCACGCGAACCUACGAUAUCCCCUCCAUCAGAUCAGUCGAAUGCCAACGGGGAUGCGCAAUCACCUGUCAAAACAGUUGAUUCAGUAUCCCCAACGGAUACCACAUCCAAGCCGUACGACGAUGUGGAACGAGAAGAACCAGCCAGCAUAUCGUCUCCCACCGAUCAGUCUGGGUCCAUCACUUCGCCGGUUCAGCAAGCCCCACAGAGACCGACCCCGGACCGCCGGGAAACACUGUCAGAAUCUCCUGUCGAUGUUUCCCCGAUAGCAGUCCAGGCCCCUUCCCAGCUACCGGGAUUGAUGGCGGAUACAGACGAACGCUCUAUUUCUCCAUUGUCGCCGCAGUCAUCAUCUCCUGAACUCAUUGAUGCUGCUGAAACGAAGGCGGAGGACACAACGCCCAUGUCCACUGUAUCGUCUACAACCCACUCGACAUGGAGCGACGCCAGUUUGCGGUCGUAUCUUGACAAUGAACAUGAUAUUCGUGACCUCCUCAUCAUUGUCCAUGAUAAGUCCAAUGUUCAACCCGCCGGCCCUGACCAUCCAAUCACUGGCAGUCUCUUCAAGGAGGAAAGCAAACGGCUUAAGGAGAUGUCUAGUCAACUUGACGAAAUGCUAUCGGCUUGGGUUUCUCGCAAACUUGAGCGUCUUGCCAAUAAAUGA